CAAACUUUUCCAAAUUAAUCUUGAUAGAAACAUUUCUUUAAAUAAUUUUUUUUAAAAAAAAACAAGUAAAGGAAGAUGUCUUCAUUUGGUACUCUUUUCCGUGUCACAACCUACGGUGAAUCCCACUGUAAGUCUGUUGGAUGUAUUGUUGAUGGUGUUCCACCAGGAAUGCAAUUAACUGAAGCUGAUGUGCAACCACAAUUAUCUAGAAGAAGACCAGGUCAAUCCAAAUUGCUGACUCCUCGUAAUGAAAAAGAUCAAGUCCACAUUCAAUCCGGUACUGAAAACGGGUUAACUUUGGGUUCUCCAAUCGGUAUGCUCGUUGCUAACGAAGAUCACCGUCCUCAUGAUUACUCCGAAACUGAUUUAUACCCCAGACCUUCUCAUGCUGAUUACACUUACAUACAGAAAUAUGGUGCCAAGUCUGCUUCUGGUGGUGGUAGAUCCUCUGCCAGAGAAACUAUUGGCCGUGUUGCUGCUGGUGCCGUUGCUGAAAAGUUCCUUAAGUUGGCUAAUGGUGUUGAAAUCGUUGCCUUUGUAAGUUCCAUUGGUAAGGUUUCCAUGGAUCGUAACCCAGAAUCUCCAGAAUUUCAAAAGAUUCUCAAUACUAUCACUCGUGAAGAAGUAGAUGAAACCGGUCCAAUCAGAUGUCCAGAUGCUUCUGUUAGAGAUUUGAUGGUCAAGGAAAUUGAACACUACCGUGACUCCAAGGAUUCCAUUGGUGGUGUUGUCACCUGUGUGGUGCGUAACUGUCCUGUUGGUCUUGGUGAACCAUGUUUCGACAAGUUUGAAGCCACUUUGGCCCAUGCCAUGCUCUCUCUUCCAGCCACCAAGGGUUUCGAAUUUGGUUCUGGUUUCUUGGGUACCGCCAUUCCAGGUUCCAAGCAUAAUGAUCCUUUCUACCAUGACGAAACCACUGGUCGUCUUAGAACCACCACAAACUUCUCUGGUGGUGUUCAAGGUGGUAUCACCAAUGGUGAAAACAUUUACUUUUCCGUAGCCUUCAAGUCUGCUGCCACCAUUUCUCAAGAACAAUCAACUGCCACUUACGAUGGUAAGGAUGGUGUUUUGGCUGCCAGAGGUAGACACGAUCCAUCUGUGACCCCUAGAGCUGUUCCUAUUGUUGAGUCCAUGGUUGCCUUGGUUUUGGCCGAUCAAUUGUUGAUUCAAAAAUCUAGAGAAUUUUCUAGAAGUAUUGUUAGUAAAUAAACUAACAAUAGAAUAGAUAAAGAUAAAUAAUUACGAAAGGGAAUAAAUGAAGUAGGAUGAUUU